CGAGAGGGUGAGGGAGAAGCUGCCGUCGAACGGGAGGAGUUUAUGAGGGAAAGCUGGUUAUUUUUUUGUUUAUACGUCCUGCCACUUCCAAAAAGAGAUGUAUGACAGAUCAGGUAAUGCAUGUAGCAUGUAAAAAGAGCCAGAAAGUUAAAUAGAUAAUGUUUAUAAAGGUAUAAGAAUAGGGAGUAUAUAAGAAUUCACCUGUAGUUUAGCAUCAUAGCAGUUUUAUUUAGAGAAGCAGCAGAAUGCGAAUGCCAGUGGCUUCUGACAUCUGCUACAUAGAUGUUGACACCGACUGUGACGCUUCUGCCGUAGAGUCGUGCAGCAAUAUAUCUGCCGGGAAAAGUAACGAGAGAUGUCAAAAACUGCGUAAGUGUGGUAAGAUCGUGAUCAGAACGGAUGGAAUGUGUGGAAAAAAGAAGAAUGUACCGUCCGAAUUGAACGACGUUCAAGCAAAUAGUCUAGAUAUGAACCACCUUCGCUUUCUACUAGAAUGUUUCGUGUUAUCUUUCGGACCCGAAGGACCACAGUUGGGGCGUAACCAUCCCGAUUCCGAUCCAGAACGUUACGCUACAAAUCUGACGGACGAAUCCUCAUCGAAUACUUACGAUAGGAUCUCGGACGGAGGUCAAAGUCCAAUUAGAUCCAUAUUCAAAUCGAGCCCUUCUUCCAUUCAGAAUAAUAGAAACAACUACAGAUACUCUUCCUGGAACAUUCAUGUACGUUCGGAGCUACUAGAUGACUACGAAAUUCCAUUUCCAGAUGAAUUAUUACUCAGAGAGCUAUCGGAGAUGCGUACUCUACUAGAGAGACUGCUAGAAAAUCGUGAAAUGGGAGAAUGGCAUAACGAAAACGAAUUGUUAGAUAUAUUAGGUCUUCUGCCCAAUACUAAUUGGUCGAAUAAAGAGUCUAGUCCGCAUUAUCCCGUAGGAGAAUGGAAUUUUAAAGAGUGUGGUAUAUGCUUGGAAAUGAAAUGGUUGUAUUGUCGCCAUUGCUGUCAAUAUCCCGCUUGUAACAGUUGUUUACAACAAUAUUAUACCAGCAAAGUGGAACAGGGUAUUAUUCAGAUCGAAUGCUGUAAUCCCACCUGCCAUAGUUACGUUCAUCGGGACGAAAUAUCAGCAAGAUUGCAUAAUGGAACCAAAGAAACUUUCUAUAAACUAUUGGCAUCUGCUAAUAUUAACAAGUUCACGAAAACGUGCCCCAGAUGCAGUCAUGUGACCAGAGCCAACGUGCGUGAUACAAAAAACAGGAAACAACUUCCAGCUACAAGAAUCCAAUGUCGUGCCUGUCAGCUGGAGUGGUGCUUCGAAUGCCAUGCCCCUUGGCAUGCAGAAAUGACUUGCAAGCAAUUCCAAAAAGGCGAUCGCCUUCUUAAAUGCUGGGCUAAAGAAAUGAAUCAAGGUCAAUUAAACGCCCAAAGAUGUCCUAAAUGCAAGAUAUACAUUCAGAGAACCAGUGGAUGUGAUCACAUGCAUUGCACAAGAUGUAAAACUGAUUUUUGCUAUCGCUGUGGAGACAAAUUUCGAAGACUGAAAUUCUUUGGAGAUCACUACAGCAAACUAAGUAUUUUUGGCUGCAAGUAUCGUUAUAAAUCAGAUAAACCCAUUCAAAGAAAAGUAAUAAGAGGUACUAUAUUUGGUAGCAAAAUUAUGGUUGCUCCAAUGCUAGGUACAUUGGCUCUUUGUGCUGGUGCUGUUGCAGUUGGCCUUGGGAUUUUUAUUCUGCCAUUAUAUGGAGGCUUGAGAUUAUAUCGUCGUUAUGAAAAUCACAAACAAGCCAAGAAUGCUAGACGUCUGCCUCUUGUCUUUAGAAGUGGCUGUAAAUGUGACCUAUAGUGAAUAACUUAAAUCAUAAAUCUUCCAUUACAAAACCCUUUUUUUCUUUUAAUUAGAAUAAAUUAAAGGAAUUUUUUU